GUUUUGGCCCACACGGCUUGCCGUAGUCGGAAAGAUGGCGACCGUAGCAUUGGUUAGCCGUCCUGCGAGUGUCCUUCCAAAGAUUUCAAGCACUUGCUCCCCUGCUGUGUUGUCGGCUGCCUCGGUCACCACAGUCCAGCAGAGGAAGCUGCACCAUGCGGUCAUCCCCAAAGGGAAAGGAGGUCGCUCCUCAUCCAGCGGGAUCGCGGCCACAGUGUUCGGCGCCACCGGUUUCCUGGGUCGAUAUGUGGUCAACAGGCUGGGUCGAAUUGGCUCACAGAUUGUAAUCCCUCACCGCUGUGAUCAGUAUGACUUGAUGUACUUCCGACCCAUGGGUGAUCUUGGACAAAUCAUCUUCAUGGAGUGGGAUGCAAGAAACAAAGACUCCAUCAAACGGGCUCUGGAGCACUCCAACGUCGUCAUCAACCUGGUGGGACGAGAGUGGGAGACGAGGAACUAUCGCUUCGAGGACGUCUUUGUGAGCAUCCCUCAGCAGAUCGCCAAGGCAGCCAGAGAGGCCGGCAUCACGAAAUUCGUCCACAUGUCGCAUCUCAACGCGGACAUACGCAGCCCAUCCAAAUACCUCAGGAACAAGGCUGUGGGAGAGACUGCAGUGAGGGACGAGUUUCCUGAAGCCAUCAUCAUGAAGCCCUCCGAGGUCUUCGGCCGGGAGGACAGAUUCUUCAACUACUAUGCAAACAUGCGCUGGUUUGGAAACGCCAUCCCACUCAUUUCCCUGGGGAAGGACUCAGUGAAGCAGCCUGUUUAUGUGGUCGAUGUGGCCAAAGCCAUCAUCAACGCCGUCAAAGACCCGGACGCUAACGGGAAGACGUUUGCUCUCGUCGGUCCCAACCGCUACCUCCUCCAUGACCUGGUGGAGUACAUCUACGCCGUGGCGCACAGACAGUUCGUGCCAUACCCGCUGCCUCGCCCCUUCUACCAUCUGGCUGCCCAGUUUUUUGCAAUGAACCCGUUCGAGCCUUGGACGACCCCCGAUAAAGUGGACAGGUUUCACACAACGGACAUGAAAUACCCGGGACUUCCCGGUCUGGAGGAUCUGGGCAUCACUCCAUCGACCGUGGAACAAAAAGCAAUCGAGAUCCUGCGUCGCCACCGCCGCUUCCGUUACCUGGAGGCGGAGCUGGACGAGACCAAGCCGGCCAAAACCGUCAACUACUGAAGUGCUGGAUGAGAAAACCGCUUUGUCUUUCACCCUAUUCUGUACAUAAAUAAAGAAUUGUCCUAAGAUGAU